CUGGAGCUUUAUGAUUUUGAUUAUCGUUAUUGCGAGUGACCAAAUAACGUAUCCGCUAGAAAUUCUGCGUCGUAAAAAGUACGUAAAAUAUAAGUACUAUCUACAAUAUGAUUAUCACGGUUUUCGUUUCUGAAAACUGCAAUUUUGCCGUUAAUUCAACCUCCGUAGAUUUUUAACCUCGAAUAUUGCGGCGAUAUCAAAGUAAAAAGAAAAAGAAACAGAUAGCGACAACAAAGAGGCGGGUUAAAAUAUUUUACGCCUCGAUGGGAUCUCUUCGCUGGAUGCCUGUCAAAGCUGGCUUGCUUCAAUCGGCCUAUUAGCGAGAACGUGUUCACUGAUUGACCUAUUCUGGGGUUUACAAUACCUCAUGGGCUGCCGAAGCCGAAGGGCGCAGCAGUAUUAGAAGUACCAGUGCCUUCGAGCGACGGGACAACGGGAUAUAUCCUCGGCUGUUUGAUGACAACACGCGAUCCCGAAAGUUCCAGGUACGCAUCACAGCCGGGCACGUUUCUACGAGCUCUACCAUGCGGACGCGAGAAGAGAGUGUUCGCUUCGGACUUGCCCUUUGUCGAAGGGGAAUCACCGAGCCCCCUUCGGGAGACACGUCGGAGAAAAUUCGACCGCGGAAAUCUGACUCUGAACGGGCAGCUCACGUCGUAGGAAUUGUCGUCUUUCGUCAGCAGGAUGGCCUGAGCCUCGGAGCAAAUCUUCCAUGGACCGUUCACGAAAAUCGGAGGAUGACCCGCCGCCGCCGUGCAUCUUUCCCGGACGACCCGGAGAUCUUCCGCAUCGACGAGGUCGCCGGCGAGCCGCCGUGAUCAGGCUGGAUUUGAGAUCGAUUCUAGCCCUGAUGGUGCUGAGCACGGCCGGUGUAUCGUCCUCUCAUAUGCCUGACAAGUAUCCCAUAGAAGUGUAUCAUAUGUUACAAGAGAGAACGCAGUUUGGAAUUGCCCAUGACAACAGAGUAAGAGGGACUUGGGGUACAUGGAGUUCAUGGAGCGAGUGUUCCAGAUCUUGCGGCACUGGUAUCCAGUCCCAAUUUCGGGAAUGCGUCCCUCUACGGAGACUUUUGAGGAGGCGAAGUAUUAUCUCGGAGAACGGUACGAGCAAUGCCAGGCCCAUUUGUAUCGGCACAUACAAACGCUACCACACGUGCAAUACGCAGGAAUGCCCGAACUUCCCGGAAGACUUGCGGGCGGAACAGUGCGCCAAGUACAACGGUAGGAACUACAAGGGCCGCAGUUACGUCUGGGUUCCCUUUGUGGACGCGCCAAACUCCUGCGCGCUCAAUUGCCGUGCAGUCGGCGAGCGUUUUUACGCAACGCUUGAACCGGCAGUAAUGGACGGCACGCCCUGCGAUGCUCCGAAUCUUCGCGGACGCAGCGGCGGCAGCGGCGGUGGUGGCGGCGGCGGCAGGAUUUCAACGGAACGCAAUGGCGAACGAUGGCUAUGCGUCGCCGGACAAUGCAAGCCUGUAGGAUGCGACGGGGUGGUGGGCUCCGGUGCGACGAUGGACGCCUGCGGCGUGUGCGGUGGCCAAGGCAGAGGGUGCAGAUUGUACGAGGGUAUCUUCAUGGAGCCGAUUCUGUCCAAGGGUCACCAGCAGGUGACUACGAUUCCGAAGGGCGCCAUGUCGCUUAACAUUUCCGAGCUCCGAUUCAGCAGUAAUUUUCUAGCGUUGAGAGACAGUAACGGCAGUUACAUCCUAAACGGACCGUGGUCUUACAGUCCCAGUGGUACUUAUAAAGCGGCUGGUACGACAUUAACAUACCAGAGGGGCGAUAGGAACCGUAUGGAGUGUAUCUUGGCGACCGGACCGUUGAACGAGUCUCUGCAUUUAGAGAUUUUAUCCGUGGAAUUAAAUCCAGGCGUUCUGUACAAGUACAUGCUGCCUAUGAAAGAAGUGCCGGACGAUAAAGCGGUGAUUGCACCGCCGCUGCUUGUCGCAGGAGCAAGUGAUCGAGGCAACGAGAUACCUAGUCCAGAUACCCACGUGACCGUGCGAGUACCCGUUACAAGAAUAUCGGAUCGGCGGGGCGAUUUAUCUUCGACGCGUCGCGAUCGCGAUCCGCGCGCGCGCGACGGCGGACGGAAGGAAGAGAUGAAGCAUCCACCGACCACGGUGAUGGCGGGCGAUCAGCCAAAGUCAAAGGCGACGAGAAGGAAGAAGAGGAGGAAGUUCGCUUGGAAAAUAGUCGGCCUUUCUCCAUGCUCGAAGGAAUGCGGGGGAGGUGUACGAACGACGAUCUUAAAGUGCAUUCGCGAGAUCAAUCAGACACCUGUCAACGACAAACGUUGUCGCAAUGUGGAAAAACCGAAGCAUCCUCCUCCGCUGGGAUGCAACGAUCAUCCUUGCGCCGCCAGGUGGCGAGCCGAACCGUGGAGCGAGUGCUCGGUUUCCUGCGGGGUCGGCACCAGGACGCGAAAACUCGAGUGCAUCCAGGAGCUGAACGCGAGGCUGACAAUGCGCGUUGCCGCUGGUGCGUGCAUGCAACCGCCAGAUCUGAGUACCACGGAAACCUGCACUCGACCGGCGUGUCCCAACGUGGGUCCGGAAUUGAGACGCAUGUCCUCGCAGCACGACGUGCCCAGAUGGGACGUGGGCGCUUGGGGCCCGUGUUCGGCGACAUGCGGCCGUGGAAUUCGAAAUCGAACGGUGACGUGUAUAACAUCCGGGCAGUCUUGUUCGUUAGCCAAUAAGCCGGAAUCUCAAAAAGCGUGCGAGAUAGCGGCUUGUAAUGCGGCGACAGACGCGGAACAUCACGCGCCCUGGCUGUACUCGGAAUGGUCUUCAAAGUGCUCUGCAGAAUGUGGAAAUGGCGUGAGGAUCAGACGAGUGGCGUGCGCCGACGGUAGCGAGUUAUUCUGCAAUCCCAAAGAGAGACCGGACACGGAGAUGCAUUGUUUCGAACGAGGGACGAACUGCGAUCGAGCCAAGUGGUUCGCCAGUCCAUGGACUUCCUGUUCUGUUUCGUGUGGCGUUGGCGUCCAAUAUCGAGACAUCGCUUGCAUAACUAGAACGAAUAACGAAUUUAUCGUACUACCCGCAAAAAAUUGCAGCGAUCUCAAACCAGCGACUGAGCAAGCCUGCAGAAUGUCCGCGUGUUCGCCGGAAUGGUUUACCUCCGAUUGGUCGACGUGUUCCGCAACAUGUGGGGCCGGAUUGCAAACACGGCUUGUACGGUGCAUCGUCGAGGGUAUUAGCAGCACUAAUUGCUCAGAAAUCGGCAAACCAAGUGCGGAGCAACGAUGUAACGUGGAGCCAUGCAAAAAGGAAGUGCCAGUGGCGAGCAAACCGCCGAAAAAGGUGCACGAAUCGUCCGAGUGCGUGGACAAGUAUCCGAAUUGCGUGUUAGUAGUAAAAAAUGGUUUAUGCCGAAUCAAAUAUUAUAAGCAUUCGUGUUGCCAGUGCCGCCAGUAGCCCGGGACAACAGCUUUGCGCUCAUCCGCAAUUUUGCGACCGCAGCUAGCGCGAGCGUGAACGUUGAAUAAGAUACAGAUAUUAUAUCGGAAAGGGCAAAUUAUGCCGAGUGUAAGACUGCUAUAAAGAGAGAUGACCACGUAUAUAUAAUUUUAUUUAUAUUAAGCGACGCGACAUCGGAUCACACGUGUCUUAGUCGUGCUUUCUUCUGCCGAAUGUAGCAUAAUUCUCGCGGAGCGGCAGAAUUCUCUUCUCUUCUCUUCCUAUCAAUGAAUGCUCAGAACGAGGCGUUUGAUUCUUCUCGACAGUUCCACUGCGAAUAUUAGAAUAAAUUUUCGAAUAAAGCAAUUCAAAAUAAAAUAACCGAACGAGAGAUAAAUAAAACAGCAGGAAGGGACGAUAUGACAUAUAUACGAGUGUAUAUAAUUAAAGAAAGAAAUUAAGAUACCCUUUUAUCUAUGCGGAUUAAGAAUGACAUUUUUUUCUGCGAGGGGGGACAGUUCAUUCUCAAAGACUCCUGAUCUUUCCGAGAAACCGUGAAGGGGUUUCGUGUGCAAUAAAUAUAUCUCAACGUAGAUACACACGUGCGUUUAUGCGUAUGGCAUAUGGACAGGUUGUUUACAUCGCGUAUGCGUGCGAGUCGAUAUCUGUGUUAUCAUCGCAGACAGAUCCGUAAUUUUAUCGAUUUGGGGUAACGGCGCCUAUUCAAGUACACCUUCGACCCUGGCUUUUUUAUAUGGAUAUUGAAGCACAUGCGAUUCUCUUGUUCUGUAUACGUCGUUAUAUAUCGAGUAAACUUAUUCGGAUAAGCGUGAUAAUAUAAUAUACAGUAACGUAACUGAAUAUACGCUUGUAUAUGUAGAAUAUAUGAAGUCGUUAGAUGAUAAAUAUAUGUAUUAUUGUAUAUUUCGAUGUCGAGACGAAAAAAGUCUUCGCUACCAUAUCGCUAUCAUGUAUUAAUUCGAUGUUGGACUCGCAUAUCAUUGCGCCGUUGAGAACAGAGCUGUUCAGAUUAAUUAAUUAUUUGUGUCAAUUGCAUUUUUUUGGUUCUGCCAACUCCAAGGAAUUAUUCAGAUGCUUUUUAUCGGAUAGUAUUCUAAUGUAGCCUGCGUCUCGCUCAGAUUUUCUAUUUUUACAGCAAUUACAAGUUAUUUACACAAAA